CAUAACUCAGGUUUGGGUGAACCUUUACGAAUUCUGGAUCACCACCACAAAUCGCUCGAUACUGUCGGCAACGUUGACCUGGUCAAUGCUUGUCUGGAGGAUGAUGCUACAGUUGUCAUAGUCCACACUACACCAAACGACCUCCAGACCUAACCAGGAUCAUGCCACCACUCCUUCACCCGAAAUCGCGAAUGACAUCGUCGCUCUUCGCAACGACAGUCGCCGCAUGCUUUCUAGUCGUCACGAUUCCGCAUUUGCUUCCUUGCCCCGUACCCCGGGCCCGCUUCGCCGAUGGAGAUGUUAUGGUUGACGAGAAUGGCCGACGAAUGAGAUGGAAGAGGAAGGAUGCCAGUCCCAAAGUCGAGGAUGGGAUUGUUCAAUUUAACGAUGUGGCGAGCGACGAGGCAGAGAACGCACAAGAUAGAGCAAGGAGGGAAUGCCCACUGCCGAAGCCGGGAGGUAUGCUGGGCGAGUGGUUGGGAUUUCACAAGAGCGACAAGGAGACUGGACGAUGACCGGCAAAGAAUGAGCUGAAUGACCUCAAACCUGUAUAUUGAGCGUGGUAGCUCCCUUGGUACGCACCUGGAUGCUUGAAUGGCACACAGGGCGGCUCCCAUGGGUUCUAUCUGAUAUGAACUCCGCUGUGAUCCUACAAAACAUGGGGAAACCAUUGAAACGGAUUGAUAGAAGAGUGCAGUUCUUGGAGAACGGGAGUAACUGUCACUGAAGGAUGAUAUCCCUCCUCGAAUCCCAGGCCCUAGAGGACAACCUUUGUUGAAACAUACCUUAGCUAUGCCUACCCAAGAGCCAUAAAUUAGAAAUGGCAGGGGGAGGGAGGAUGAAAAAUCAUAAUUAGCUACUCGUCAUACUGCAUCAGUUUACCAGAUAGCCAGGAUGUUCCACUUGGUUGAGAAAAUAGUUGUGGAAUGGCAGUGAAGUCGGGAUAAACACUUGCUGAGAUGGUUUUUCUAAGAUCUGAUUGGCUACAUUUCUAUCUUGCGGAGAAGCGCACACCUCUAGGUAAUGUAAGGCGAGGUACCUAGAAAAAUAAGCUCGCUACAUUAGAGAUAACCCCAUGAAGUCCAGAAAGUAUAGGCCAGAGCUACUAUUUGUGUAAGUCAAAUAUAGUAGUGAGGAAGCUCUGGGAUCAAGUGCAUGAGAUAUCCCAAAAUAGCCCGCUCAAUUUGGUGGUAGCAGAAUACGUUAGCUUGGACCUAACACCUGUGGGGUUAAAUCAAGGCUGAGGGACGAUCGGAGAAUUGAAGAUGGUGACAAGCGGCAAGCGAAGUUUAUCUUCUCUGCAUGCUUUUUGAUGAAAUCUGAUCUGAUGUCAUGGACACAAGUUUCCUUCGAAAGUUUGACAACUUG